CUACGUAUCAGUGUUAUCGUACAACAAGUGGUUAGAGUUUGUAGUAACAUUUAAUAAACAUCAGUUAAAUUUCGAUAUUGCAAUUAGUUCAGUGCAGUUUCAAUAAAAGUUGUCUCGUGCAAUUGUGGCCUAAAAAAUGGAGAGUGCAGAGACAUUUAAAAAACGGUCGGGGACAACUGACCUAGGCAAAGAUUACGAAAACAUCGCUAUAGCCAAUAUCGUUUUACAAAUGUUAAACGACGACAAAAUAGACAACUUCCACGUAUCGUCGAACGACAACCACUUCGGCGCAUUUGAUGACGUAGUCAUCAAAAUUGAGUCGGAUCAAAAUACUAUAGUAAAAGCAAUGCAAUUAAAACAUAGCGAUCGAAAAACAUUAUCCUCGGAGCAUCUGAAAUCCGCAAAGGGGGAUUUUAGUUUGAAGAAAUAUUUCGACUCGUUCCAAACACUGAAGAAUGAAGUACAAGAAUUUAUAAUGUUUACCAAUCGUCCGUUUGAUGGUACCAAGAACGCAAAGUUUCAGCUUCAAGGACAAAAGUUUUAUAUUCGACCUGUUAAAUUGUGUACCACUUUCAAAAUUUCAAAGGACAUAAAUUAUAUGUACAAAUUUGAAAUCGUUGAAGAUGAAUGGACUAUAGAACAUAUGGCUGAAAUUCAAGACUAUGAAAUAUUUUUUUCGAGAUUUUAUCUUUAUAGUAAUCAAGAAAGUUUUAACGAACUGAGACUAUCAACAACUGAAAAAUUUAGAACAAUGUAUUCUUUAAAUGAAAAGGAUUUUGAUCAAUACUACAAAAUAAUAUCGGAAUGGAAUUUUCGAGAAGGGGACAAAGAAAAAUUGAACAAGACAUGGAUGCAGCGUGCUAUUGCGCUGGAACAUUUGUCGCCUCACAUUGAGCCUUUGUGUGUUGGUCCAGUCAAUGACAAAAUGAAAAUGCUUCGAGAUGCUAUAUCCAUGUUCACUAUUACACUAGUAGAUGAGAGUUCACGUGAAAAUGCUAAACAGUUGUGGGGUGAUGUUGGAAAACACAAUAUUGACAUUGAAGAAAUAAACAGAAUACGAAUAAAUUAUCAACUGUCAGUUGGCUACAUCGGUGUCAACGAUGUUGACAAUUUAAACCCAAAAUUAUUUGCGCAGUUGAUGUGGUUGAUGAAUAAAUGCCCUUUAAUAAUACGUCAGUUUAAACAUUUCGAAAAAGCCGUCAAACUGUGUGAAAACCAAAAUUUCGUCGUGCUUGGUGACGGAAUGAACGAAGAAUGGAUGAAGCACUAUUCCUUGUUUCAAAAUUUGUCAAACCUAAGGUCGGAACGACAGUUUUACGAAAAAGUAGUGGAAAAUUUUACCGUCUCUAUUCAAGGAAAGGAAGAGUUUAACUUGACAGCUUUUGGAAAAAAUGAAAAAAUUCUGGAAAGUGUGACAACGUCCGAGUUGAUGGCAAUGCUAAACGAACCAUCCUGUAUAGAUGGAAAGAAAGAAAUACUUUCUGAACCUUAUGUCGAACGUCAUUUAACGCAAAAUCUAAUAAAUAUUAAUUAUUUAGAAAAAGUUCACGAAAACACUGUUAACAUUUUGCAGUAUGCAGAUAAUUUUGAUAAAGUAAAGGACAAACUUAAAAAGUAUAAACUAAUUAAUGUUGAACAGUCUGGGAACGAUGAAUCUAUAACACAAAAUGUAGUUAGCAAUGAAAGUAAAAAAUUUAAUGACAGUUUUGACAAAUCACUUCUUCGUAAUAAAAUGUACAUAAGUAAAAAUAAACUUUGCGAAUCUGAGUUAGAACAGAUAUAUACGGAUAAUGCAGAAAUGCGCAGUUUUCACUAUUUCAAAGUAGCAAACGACGGACAUUUGCAAUGGAUUCAAAGUAAGGGUGAUAUGAGUGACUUAGAAAAUUACAAAAUAUCUGACAGCACCACGCACGAAAACGCAUUGUGGUCUUCUCAGUUCGAAAAUAACAUUAAUCUUAUAACUAGUGAUCCGGGAAUGGGUAAAUCUGAGCUGAUGAAAAGUUUCAAAAAUAAAUGUCCAUCUCAAAAUUGGACGGUCACGAUUUAUCCCAAUGACGUUCAUUUAUUUUUUAAAUCUUUCAAAUCAAGUCAAGAAUCAGACUACCUAACUUUGUUUGAACAAUUCAUAAUUAAGGAAAAAUAUGCCUCACUCAAAAAAUUAGACCAAUGUAUUUUCGAAAUGUGUUUACAACAAAACCGUAUUGUGUAUGUUUGGGACGGCCUAGAUGAAAUUUUGAACGAAUAUUUAGAUGUUGUUUCAGAUAUAAUACUUCAGCUAUCAAAAAAAGGUUUCGUUCAGUGGGUAACCAGUAGACAACAUCUCCAAAACUUUCUAGAGAAAAAAUUCAACGUACUCUCACUUGGCUUAACACAGUUUAGCGAGAAAGAGCAGCAAAAUUACAUAAAAGAGCGACUUAAAUCUGUCAUUUCUGAAGCCGAAAUUGAGACAACGGUUGAGAAAAUUAUAUCUACAUUUGUAAUUAUCGAACAUGUUGACAUAUUAGGAAUUCCGCUUCAGAUAUUCAUGCUCACAGAACUUUUUCGCCGAAACAACGAAAAAUACUUGGAACUUAUAAACAGCAAAUUUCUUUUAACUGACUUAUACCGCAGUUUUAUCGAGGAAAAAUUUAAUAUCUUCUACGAAACUAAAAAUGCUUAUGAUCUUCAGAAUCCACAUCUGGCAGUUAUGGUUUUUAAAGAAAAACAAAAGAUGUUAAAACACUACGAAGUCCUCGCGUUAAAAUUAAUAUAUCCUGAAUUUGUAUUAGAACGAUUGAAUAUUAAUAGUGAAAAAUCGGUGCGAAAAUUUUCAAAUAGUGACUAUGCGUUGGUUGGAAUCAUCACUGAAUUACAAAAUAACGUCCCAAAUUUUCUUCACGGAUCCUUUGCGGAAUAUUUGGUUGCCACAUACCUAUCGAAAAAUUUUAGACAUAUACCGACUGACGUAUUUUUUGAUCAAAAGUAUAAUAACGUAAGAUUUUUCUUUGAUAUGUUGUUAGCAGAGAACUCACCUGUUCAUGUAGCUGUUUUGUAUAAAGAUUUUGCCUUACUUAAAAGUUGCCAUGAUGAACUAUUAACAUGCAAAGACAGAGGUGGAAGGAGUGCCUUACACUUGAUUUGUUCAUGGGGACAAAGGCAUCCUCGUGUUCAAAUAAUCCACGAAAACAACAAAUACACUGUUUGCGAGAAUACCAACUUUAACGGUAAGCCGGAAAGUACAGAAUUUCUUGAAGCAGUAAUGUAUUUACAAGGUAAAAACAAUAUCUCAGAGAGUGAUUCGUUACUAGAGAUAACACCGUUGUUAUAUGCUACAAAAAGUGAAAGUUUGGCAGCAGAACUAAAACUGCUACUAGAAGUUGAAAAAAAUUCAAAAUUGUUUCAGUCAUAUACUUCUAACGAUAAAAUAAACAUUUUGUAUUAUUCCGCAUUACUUGGAUACGAUUACGUGGUUAAAUUAUUUAGUAAUGAAAAAUUAGACAAUUCUCUUGAAGAAGUUAAUUUUGUUACUCAAGCUAAUCAUUGUACUCCUCUUAUUCUAGCUUGUAGAGGGGGGUACAGACAAAUUGUCGAGUAUUUAGUAAAAUCUGGGGCCGAACUAAAACGCUCGUUUAAGGAGGAUCUAUCGCCGCUUGAUGUAGCUUGUUUCGGGGGUCAUGAAGACAUUGUCAAAUACCUAGUGAAAUCCGGAGCUGAUAUCAAUUGUUGCGCGAAUAAUGGUCAGAGGCCGCUUUAUGCCGCUUGUUACGGAGGCCACAAGAAUAUUGUCAAAUACUUGCAGCUAUCAGGAGCGGAUAUCAAUUGCGCUGAUAUCAAUGGUAAUACACCACUUCUUGGAGCUUCCUUUAUGGGCCACCUGGAGAUAGUCGCAUACUUGGUGGAUUCAGGGGUUGAUAUAAAUCGUACGGAUAACAAGGGUUUUGCACCACUUUACGUAGCAUCGCGAAAUGGUCACGAAGACAUUGUCAAAUACCUAGUGAAAUCCGGAGCUGCCAUCAAGUCUGGCGAAAGUAGUGCGCUUCGUGCGGCUUGUUACGGCGGCUACAAAAAUAUUAUCGAAUACCUACACGUAUCGGGGGCGGAUAUCGAUUGCGUUGAUGUCAACGGUUAUACCCCACUUCUUGGAGCUUGCUUCAUGGGCCAUCAGAAGAUAGUCGAAUACUUGGUGGACUCAGGGGUUGAUAUAAAUCGUACGGAUAACGAGGGUUUUACACCACUUUACGUAGCAUCUCGAAAAGGUCACGAAGAGACUGUCAAAUACCUAGUGAAAUCGGGAGCUUCCAUCAAUCAGUGCACGAAUAGCGGUCGGACACCGCUUCAUGCAGCUUGUCACAACGGGCGCAAAGAUAUUGUCAAAUACUUGCAGCAAUCAGGAGCGGAUAUCAAUUGUGCUGAUGUCAAUGGUGAUACACCAUUUCUCACGGCUUGCUUUGCCGGCUACCAGAAGACCAUAGAAUAUUUGGUGGAAUCAGGAAUUGAAAUAAAUCGUGCGGAUCACGAAGGUUUUACACCACUUUACGUAGCAUCUCUAAGAGGACACGAAGAGACUGUCAAAUACCUAGUGAAAUCCGGAGCUGCUAUCAAUCAGUGCACGAAUAACGGUCAGGCACCGCUCUACGCAGCUUGCCAAAAGGGCCACGAAGGUAUCGUCAAAUACUUGAAGCAAUCCGGAGCGGAUGUCAAUUGUGCUGAUAUCAAUAGUUGUACACCACUUCUCGCGGCUUCCUUUAGAGGCCAUCAGAAAAUUAUCGAGUACUUGGUGGAGUCAGGAGUUGAAAUAAAUUGCGCGGAUAACGAAGGUUUUACACCCCUUUACGUAGCUUGUCAAAAUGGUCAUGAAGAAACUGUAACAUACCUAGUGAAAUCCGGAGCUGAUAUCAAUCGUUCCACAAAUGACGGUAGGACACCAUUUUAUGCAGCUUGUCAAAACGGCCACAAAAAUAUAGCUGAGUACCUGCAGUUCUCGGAAACGGAUAUCAAUUGCGCUGACGUCAAUGGUUAUACACCACUUUACGCGGCUUCCUUUAGGGGCCAUCAGAAAACUGUCGAAUACUUGGUGGAGUUAGGGGUUGACAUAAAUCGUACGGAUAACAAGGGUUUUACACCACUUUACGUAGCAUCUCGAAAUGGUCACGAAGAGACUGUCAAAUACCUAGUGAAAUCGGGAGCUGCCAUCAACCAGUGCACGAAUAAGAGUCAGGCACCGCUUCACGCGGCUUGUCAAAAAGGCAACAAAGAUAUUGUCAAAUACUUGCAGCAAUCCGGAGCGGAUAUCAAUUGUGUUGAUAUCAAUGGUCAUACACCACUCCACGCGGCUUCCUUUUGGGGCCACCAGAAAACUGUCGAAUACUUGGUGGAGUCAGGAGGUGAAAUAAAUCGCGCGGAUAACGAUGGUUUUACACCUCUUUACGUAGCUUCGCAUAAUGGUCACGAAGAAACUGUCAAAUACCUAGUGAAAUCCGGAGCUGCAAUCAAUCAUUGUGCGAACAAUGGGAGCACAGCGCUUUACGUGGCUUGCUACAGCGACCACAGAAAUAUUGUCGAAUAUUUGCAGCUAUCAGGAGCGGAUAUCAAUUGCGCUGAUAUCAAUGGUCAUACACCACUUCAUGUGGCUUCCUUUAGGGGCCACCAGCAAAUUGCCAAAUAUUUAGUGGAGUCAGGGGUUGAAAUAAAUUGUACUGAUAACGCUGGUUUUACACCACUUCACGUAGCUUGUCAUAAUGGUCAUGCAAAAACUGUCAAAAUUUUAGUGAAUUUCGGAGCUCAGAUCAAUUGUUGCACGAAUGAUGGUGAAACACCGCUUCACGUAGCUUGUCAAAAUGGCCACAAAGAUAUUGUCGAAUUCUUGCAGCUAUCAGGCGCGGAUAUCAAUUGUGCUGAUGUCAAUGGUUUUACACCACUUUACGCAGUUUCUGAAAUUGGUCACGCAGAAAUUGUGACAUACUUAGUCAAAUUUGGAGCUGAAAUCAAUCGUUGCACUAAUAAAGGUCGGGCACCGCUUCACAUAGCUUGUCGAAAAGGCUACAAGGAUAUUGUGGAACACUUGCAUCUUUCCGGAGCGGAUAUCAAUUGUUCUGAUGUCAAUGGUUAUACACCACUUCUAGCGGCUUCCUUUAGCGGCCACCAGGAAACUGUUGAAUACUUGGCUGAAUCAGGGGUUGAAAUAAAUCGCGCCGAUAACGCUGGUUUUACACCACUUUACGUAGCUUCUCAAAAUGGUCAGGGAAAAACUGUCAAAACUUUAGUGAAAUUCGGAGCUGAGAUCAAUCGUUGCAUGAGUGACGGUCAGACACCGCUUCAGACAGCUUGUGAAAAUGGCCACAAAGAUAUAGUCGAAUACUUGCAGCUAUCGGGCGCGGAUAUCAAUUGUGCGGAUGUCAAUGGUUAUACACCACUUCGGACGGUUUCCUUUAACGGCCACCAGAAAAUUGUGGAGUACUUGGUGCAGUCAGGGGUUGAAAUAAAUCGCGCUGAUAACGAGGGUUUUACACCACUUUACGUAGCUUCUCAAAAUGGUCACGAAGAAACUGUCAAGUAUCUAGUGAAUUCCGGAGCUGCGCUCAAUCAGUACGCGAACAAUGGUCGCACACCGAUUUACGCAGCUUGUAACAACGGCCAUAAAAAUAUUGUCGAAUACUUGCAGCUAUCUGGUGCGGAUAUCAAUUGCCCUGAUGUUAAUGGUCGUACACCACUUCAAGAGGCUUGUUUUAUGGGAUACCAGAAAAUUGUUGAACAUUUGGUAGAGUCAGGGGUCGAAAUGAAUCGCGCGGAUAACGACGGUUUUACACCACUUUACGUAGCUUCUCAAAAUGGUUACGAAGAAAUUGUCAAGUAUUUAGUGAAUUCCGGAGCUGCGCUCAAUCAUUGCGCGAACAGUAGUCGCACACCCUUUUUCGCGGCUUGUUUCAGCGGUCACAAAAAUAUUGCCGAAUAUUUGAGGUUAUCGGGAGCAGAUCUCAAUUGCGCUGAUGUCAAUGGUUAUACACCACUUCUUGUAGCUUGCUUUAUGGGUCGUCAGGAAACAAUUGAAUACUUGCUGGAGUCAGGGGUUGACGUAAAUCGAGCGGAUAAUGACGGUUUUACACCACUUUACGUUGUUUCUCAAAAUGGUCAGGAAGAAACUGUCAAAUACCUAGUGAAAUCCGGCGCUUCCAUCAAUCUUUGCAUUAAUGGUGGUCAGACGCCGCUUUACGCAGCUUGUCAAAGCGGCCACAAAAACAUUGUCAAAUACUUGGCGGACUCAGGGGCUGAAGUAAAUUGCGCAGAUAACGACGGUUUUACACCACUUUAUGCAGCUUCUCAAAAUGGUUUCGAAGAAACUGUUAAAUGCCUAGUCAAAUUCGGAGCUGACAUCAAUCGUUGUACUAAUGAUGGUCAGACAUCGCUUUACGUAGCUUGUCAAAGCGGCCACCAGAAAAUUGUCGAAUACUUGGUGCAGUCAGAGGUUGAAAUAAAUCGCGGAAAUAAUGACGGCUUUACACCUCUUUACGUAGCUUCUGAAAAUGGCCACGAAGAAAUUGUCAAGUACCUUGUAAGUGCCGGAGCUGAAAUAAAUCGUUGUGGGAAUAAUGGUCAGACAUCGCUUUACGUAGCUUCGCAAAACGGUCACGAGAACAUUGUCGAAUUUUUAGUAAAAAAGGGAGCCAAAUUUACUCCAUGAAAUAAAUUUUGCUUAUACAGGGUGAGUGGGCGAAAAGGGACCUCGAAUAUAUUUUUUUUAUUUCAUUUUGACAAUUUCAAUUGAUUUUUUUAACUCCAUAGUAAUCUUCAUAAGCAGUUCAUGAUUCACUACUGAAAUCAAAGCGUUUUGUGAAUUAAAAAAUUUCAAUGAAGCACGGAUUUUUAUUUUUUCUACGAACACAUUAUCACUGAUUAGUUUUUGUCUUCGUAGUGUGAAAAUAAAAGUUACUAUUAUUCAAAUUGCUAAAAUUUAUGUUAAAUUGCCUAUGAAUGGGCAAAAUAUUAUCUUGAUGACUAGUUUUUGGUUUUGGCACGGAAUUUGACACAGAGGAGCCUGCUGCCGGAUUCAAGGCAGAUCUAUUAUUAAUGAUUGUUGAUAAUUGUUCAAUGAUUCUUCUCAAAAUUUCGAUUUCAUUAUUCAGAAAAUCCUCAAUGUAUCCUUCCACAAUACUAUUCGAACGCCAACCACCGUGUAUCUCUACAACUAUUAAAUCUGCCCCAGAGUCUGCUAGUAGAGUUGCACUCGAACGCCUAAAACUAUGACACGUAUAUUCUUAUGGAUUUUGGCGGAAUAGAAAUGGUGCAAUUUUUCUGGGAAUUGUUGAAAAAGUAUUCAUUCGUACAGGUUGUACCUGCGUUUUUUGUUCUUGUAAUUGCUGAACAACCGUUUGUGUGAAAUCCUUCCAGGUCGUAAUAUUCUAUACUUACGAAAAAAGUCAAUAGCAGAAAGAUUGUUGCUUCCAUUGAUGAUGGUAAAUAUUUUUUUGGACUAAAAGUACGCUCAACAUCGACUGACAUGGUUACCCAUUCACCAAUUCUACAUUCUCCAAAAACUGCCACGAUAAAAAUUACUUUUUGUAGUAAAUAUUCAUCAUCAGAAGUAUUAUCUAAGAACCUCUCCACUUCUUCGAGUGUGAAUACCUUGGAUUUCUUUGGCCUGUCCCCUAUAGGCUGUUGUUUUAGGAAAGCUGACACUUGGUCAAAUUUAUUCAAUGAAUUAUUUUUAAAUUUCAUAAAUAAUUAUUGCGAUGUCAUAAACCUGCUUAACCAACAUUAUCCUUCGCUGGUAAUAUUUUCUGCAGGUGGGGACAAUACGACCAAAGUGACGAAGAUUUAGCAUUUCUAGAUCGUUCCAAAAUAUAAAGCAAAAUUAUUCUUUCGUCUAUUCCUUUUGUAUGCUUUCGCUUUCUCCAUUCACAAAAAUUCGUAUACUCUUUUUUAUAUGGAUGCUUGGAUUUUGCUGGUAUCACUUUAUGAUGGUUUGUAAAUCUUCGUCCAGGACUUCUGAGGGUACAAAAACUUCGUUUUCGUCUUUAUCUUCCAAAAUUCCAGAUAUUUUGAUCUCGCAUAAAACAAAAAUGCCGUAAGUGUCAUAAGUUUAGAAAAAUGUAAACAACUGGUUGUUAAGCCAAUUGUCACGAAAAUUAGUUUUGCAGUCUACACGAUUUCUUGACUGAGAUUAUUAUGAUUCGAAUUUUUAUUUGUUAUUUGAAAUUUUAUUCAUAAAAUUCGUCAAAAUGGAAUAAAAACAUAUAUAGGCCACUUGAAUUAAACAUAGUUAUUUCCUCGAAGAAAGCAUCUUCUCGUGAAUAAACGUAUGUUUAAUUCACUUGUUAUAACGUCGUAGGUAAAACUCAACAAUUUAUUUCUUAAUAACUCGUAUUUACACGACUAACUAUUGCAACGAUUAUGUACAGAAAUUAUUCCGACGAAUUUCACUGGACGCUCUUGACUCAACUAGCUGAAUGAAAAAUGGUUCCCGACGGUGGCCUAUAUUUAAAUCCCUGAAUUCAUCUAGACGGAUCCCGAACGCAGCUCCUAGGUUUUUUCUAGAUCCAGCAAUCGAGACUUCCGGUAGCCGGUUCCAGACCUGUUUUUAUGCGGAUGCCGUGUUCGCGUUCGAUGAGUCAUCACUCAUCACCGGCGUGCGACCAGAAAGUUCUCGAUGGCCAUAGGCAUCGUACCGGGGCGGCGUAAGGGUGUAUUUCGUAACAAUAUUUAUUGUUUACGAACCCAUGAUAAUAGAGGAAUUUUUUUUUAACACUCGCUUCCUGCAUAAUCCUGUAUAACGUAUUAGGAUUCGUUCGUGACGCAUCGAGAAAAAAAUGAUACGGAAAUCGUUAAUAUCUGUUUUUGUUGUUAUUAAUAACAUAAUAACAUUUUCUAUUGUUGGAUUUACUAAACCAAUGUACAAUAAUUUUUUGGUAUGUUUCCGUUUUUUUAUCAAAUUACUAUUGUUCUUGUGAGAAGCUUUUAGCAGGCCUUGAGAGCCAUUGGUACGCGGUAAAUCCUCCUAGAUCACGUCUUUUCAUAAGAUUAGAUACUUUGAAUCUAUUGUUCGUUCCGUUUUGAGUUGGCAGCGUAUAAAAUCCGUUAGCAAUGCAUUUUAUAUGGACGAAUUGCGGCGGUAUAGUCAAUUAUCAAAAGUCUACCGAUUUCUGAAGAAGUUGAUACAUGAAUCUUACACAAAUUAUUAUAGUGUUUUUGUCAUUCCGCUUCCAAUCAUGCAAAAAUUUGAAAUUUAUAUGUUGAAAUUUUAUAGUAAAUCGAACUAUCAU